AUGCGCCGCACAUUAUCGCAUGGAUUCUCACAGAAAGGCGUUCUACAAUUCGAGGCCGAGAUAGCUCAAAUCGUCCAAAAAUAUCUAAAUGUCAUUCAAAAAUCUCAGCAACCACACAACCUGUACGAGACAACACAUAAUCUAUUCACAGAUAUCACCAGCCAACUGGCAUUCGUCAAGAAUUUCGACACCCUCAGUGGAGAUAAACACCAAUGCGCAAAAGACAUCGAGACAUACUUCGGUAUCGCCCCUAUAUAUGGCAUAAUGCCAAUCGCUCGAUAUUUACCAUUUGGUGAGUUUCACGCAGCACAACAAGCCGGACCGCGAAUUGUGAGGGGGAUACAGUCCUUCAUAGACGAUUUCCGCCACCGAAUCCGAGGAGGAACCAGCGAGCACGGUCUCCUUUGCUAUAUGGUGGAAGAAAGGAAGGAUGGAGAACAUACAAAGUUUUCAGAUGCAGAGACAAUAGAAAACAGUGUGAUAUUCAUCAUUGCUGGGAGCGGCACCUCAGCAUCGACUGUGUUAUACCUUCUCUUUGAACUAGCCAAAAGACCCGCUAUGCAGAAUCGACUCCGCGAGGAAAUUCAACAAGCUUUUCCUAACCCUACAGUGCUUCCUGACUUCGAAACCGCAUUGACACUACCUUAUCUCAACUGUGUUCUACAGGAAACUUUACGCCUUCGGGGACCUCUAGCUACAAUCGCGCCCAGGAUAUCUCCGGGAAAGGUCAUUGGAGGUGUCUACGUCCCCGCUGGCGUCGUCGUAGCCAAUUUGGCUUACUCAACUCAGCGCGAUCCCGACAUAUAUUCCCGCCCCUUAGAAUUCCUUCCUGAGAGGUGGGAGAAUCCCACUCCCUCCAUGAAGACGAUGCACAGACCCUUCAGCAUUGGCGCAAGAAACUGCAUUGGAAUGCAUCUUGCGCGCGUCCAGAUGCUUCUCACUGUUUGUGCCCUUUACCAAAGGUUCGAUUUGCGGCUGGAUUCCCUUAUGACGGAGGACAUGAUGUACAUGCGGGAUGUUGGACUCAUGACUCCAAGCGGCAAACAGCUAUGGAUGCACGUCACACCUAGGACAUAG